GGGUCGACUUGUUGCUCCUCGGUCAAUCAGCGUCAGUGCGCAGCCGCAGACGUGGUGACGAAGAUGGUGCUCAUCAAGGAAUACCGAGUGGUGCUGCCCAUCUCCGUGGAAGAGUACCAAGUGGGGCAGCUGUACUCAGUGGCCGAGGCCAGUAAGAAUGAGACGGGGGGAGGCGAAGGCAUCGAGGUGCUGAAGAAUGAGCCCUAUGAGAAGGACGGAGAGAAGGGACAGUACACGCAUAAGAUCUACCACCUGAAGAGUAAAGUUCCUGGUUAUGUGAAGAUGAUCGCACCAGAGGGGGCGCUAGUGUUCCACGAAAAAGCCUGGAAUGCCUAUCCAUACUGUCGCACCAUUGUCACGAAUGAGUACAUGAAGGAUGACUUCAUGAUUAAAAUCGAGACGUGGCACAAGCCCGAUAUGGGGACCAUCGAGAAUGUACACGACCUGGACGAGCAAACGUGGAAGGAGGUGGAAGUGGUUCCCAUUGACAUCGCCAACCGAGAGGAAGUGGCUGCCGCAGAUUAUAAACCAGAAGAAGACCCAGCUCUAUUUCACUCCUCCAAGACCGACAGAGGACCUCUGGGCCCGGACUGGAAGAGGGAGCUCAAGUCCGACUGUCCCUACAUGUGUGCGUACAAGCUGGUGACGGUCAAGUUUCGGUGGUGGGGCCUUCAGACCAAAGUGGAGAAUUUCAUCCACCGGCAAGAAAAGAGAAUCUUCACCAACUUCCACCGCCAGCUCUUCUGUUGGGUGGACAAGUGGGUGAGUUUAACGAUGGAAGACAUCAGGAGGAUGGAGGAGGAGACACAGAAAGAGCUAGAAGAGCUGCGCAAGACCGGGCCGGUCCGAGGCACCAGUGCUGCUCAUGAGCAAUGAGGCAAACCAACCAAACCCCAUCAUGAUGAUGUCAUCAGAGACAGACCGACCGCCACGAGGACACGGGCCACGAUUGUCUCACAUGCUUCAUCUGGGCGGGGUGGGGUUUUACCCGAUAGGUUUUCAGUACUGAACCGAGCGACCCGAUCUGAGAUCUGACUUGACAACAUCAAUUUUUUUUUCAUACGUAAAUAUUUUCAAAACACAGAAGUCUUUGCACACAAACGUCAAUACACCUGAGAAUUAAACGUUAGCGUCUUCAGGUGUGUCGCCUGGAACCCUCAUAGAAUGUUUUUAACUUUAGCGGCUGUCUUCAGCGCCCCCUGUCUUUCAUUUCAUCUCUACGUUAUUGCACGUUGUUUUAUUUAAUCUCCAUGGCAACGCCUGGAAGGAGACAGCAGCUCUGCAUGUUUGCCUUCAGCGCCCCCCUCAGGAGUGACCGUCCACUACAGCCGCUCGACUGCUUCAUCCAGACGGACUGUUUUACAGAGCACGCCACAGCGACCCUGCAGGUCUUUAGCAGGAGUGUCGUGGUCUGAUGACGUCGAAGGUUGCGCAGCUGCGGGCCCUGACGUCAGGGUCCACACACACACACACACACACACAUAUACACACGGUUGAAUGUAGAAAGUUGGUUUCCUCAUCAGAUGUUUGCUUUCCUGACCAUGACUGCGGUUUGAUCCAAGUGUGUCUGAUUUUUCUGAGGCUUAGUUCUUCUUUUGUAAAUGUGCUGCGACCCAGAUGUAUGUGAUCAGUGAGACUUGG